UUCUCUGCGGCGCUCAGUGAUACGUAAGUUGAACAACUUUUAUUUUAUUUUCCUGCCUCCUCGUUUUCCUUUCAAGUCCUUUUCUAGCACACCCUCUAGUAAUACAGGUAUUCGCUGACUCUUAAGCAGACCUCGAUGUCAUAAACACCAACGAUGAAGUCGAGAACUCUUGCGCCGUCCUGGGCGCUCUGCUCUGCGCUGCUCGCUGUCCCACAACUUGCGACUGCUUUCUACCUCCCCGGCGUCGCGCCUACAUCAUAUAAACCUGGCGAUAAAGUCCCUCUUUACGUGAAUAGUAUCAAGCCGGUUGCCGGCCAAGAUGCGCUUCUGCAUUCUGUCAUGUCAUACGACUAUUAUAACGAGAUGUUCCAGUUCUGUCAGCCCGAAGGCGGCCCAUCAUACGUGUCCGAAAGCCUCGGAAGUAUUUUGUUUGGCGAUCGAAUAAUGACUUCACCCUUUGAGCUCAGCAUGCAGAAAAAUGAUACCUGUAGGAAGCUAUGCACUUCGAAGUACGAUACGGCCUCUGCGCACUUCGUAAACAAGCGUAUAAUGCAGGGUUACGCCUUAAACUGGCUAGUGGAUGGGUUACCAGCGGGACAGCAUCUCCUCGAUGACCUUACCGGAACCACGUUUUAUAGCCCGGGUUUUGCUAUGGGCUCCAUCUCCACGACUGAUCCUGACGGCCCGACCUUCUUCAAUAACCACUACGAUAUCGUUGUCGAAUACCAUAAGGUCAACGGAAAGGACGACCAGCUGAGGGUAGUGGGUGUAAUUGUUCAGCCUGCCUCCAAGGCAUACAAGGGCGAUAAUCUAGAAUGCAACGACAAUCAGACGCCACCCGUAGUCCUCCUCGAAAACGAAGGCUCUCAAACCGAAGUCACAUUUACCUACAGCGUAUACUGGACCGAGUCGCCCACUGCCUGGGCUACACGAUGGGAUAAAUAUCUACAUGUCUUCGACCCUAAAAUACAUUGGUUCUCCCUCGUCAACUCCGCUGUUGUCGUUAUCUUCUUGACCGUUACGGUUGCCUCAGUUCUCUUCAGGGCUCUGAAGAAGGAUAUUGCGAGAUACAACCGAUUGGAUCAAAUCAACCUAGAGGAUUUUUCGGGUGCAGCGGAUCUUGAGGAUGGCGUCCAGGAGGACUCUGGCUGGAAGUUGGUCCAUGGGGACGUUUUCAGAACUCCGGCGCAUCCUCUGCUCCUCUCCAUCUUUCUCGGUAAUGGUGCUCAGUUGUUCGUUAUGACCGGCUUUACUAUCUGUUUUGCCUUGCUGGGUUUCUUAUCGCCAUCUAACCGUGGCUCCCUUGGAACUAUCAUGAUUAUCCUAUACACGCUCCUUAGCUUUGUUGGUGGCUAUGUCUCUGCGAGAGUUUACAAGUCGAUGAACGGCGAGAAGUGGAAGCUGAAUAUCAGCCUGACUCCUCUCUUGGUUCCUGGCAUCGUCUUUACGACAUUCUUCUUCCUCAAUCUGUUCCUAUGGGCCAAUGGAGCUGCUGGUGCCGUCCCGUUUACCACUAUGCUAGUCAUCAUUGGUAUUUGGUUCAUCAUCUCGAUCCCCCUUUCGGUCUCUGGCUCUUGGCUUGGAUUCCGUGCGGCAGCUUUUGAACCUCCUGUCCGAACCAACCAGAUCCCCCGACAGAUCCCUCCCGCCACCACUUAUUUGAAGCCGAUCCCGAGUAUGCUGCUGGUUGGUAUCCUACCUUUCGGCGCUAUCUUCGUCGAGCUAUAUUUUAUUAUGAGCUCGAUUUGGUUUAGCAAGAUCUACUACAUGUUCGGCUUCCUCUUCCUCUGCUAUGGUCUCAUGAUCAUCACCUGUGCUGCGGUUACGGUUCUGCUGGUGUACUUCUUACUGUGCGCCGAGAACUACCACUGGCAGUGGCGAUCUUUCCUGGCUGCGGGUAUGAGCGCGGGCUAUAUCUUUGCUAACGCCCUGAUAUACCUAAUCAGCAAGUUGUCUCUGGGUGGCUUAUCCGGCACUGUCUUGUAUAUCGGAUAUAGCGCUCUUCUUUCCUUCCUUUUCUUUAUCUUAACAGGGUCCAUUGGGUUCUUCUCUAGUUGGUGGUUCGUUAAUAAGAUUUACCGCUCUAUCAAGAUCGACUAAACAGCACAAGCUACGAGGGGCGGACAGAAGGAGAGUCGCAAAGGAGAGCGACUCGGAGUAAUCGAAAAUUUUGUACUAUACGAAAUGUACGACCAACAUCUUUUUUCCGUACGCCGUCUUCGCAGUCCACUUUCAUGAGGUGGGAUGGAAUUUAACGAGUUGCAUAAAUGUGGCCUGCGAGUUCCGAAGGGCCUGGCGUUUUAGGAGGCGUUCUUCCAGGUUCAGAAGAGGCUCACACGAAACCUGUAGAAUAGAAGAAAACUUGUCGAGUCUGGUUCCGGCGGAGCAGAUAGGCACAAAACGAACGUGGGAACCUUCCUAGGUAUCUGGGUACGCAUUAGAAAAUUAUGAAUAAAAGUCUACCUACGCGA